AUGUUGAAAGAAUAUUUUAGAGAGUUUAGAUUAGAUUUCGUUGCUAUGUUUGAAGUUAGAAUAAGUGGUGCUCGGGCUGAAGUUGUGAUUGCUAAGUUGGGGUUUGAUUACUCUUUUAGAGUAGAAGCAACAGGGUUUGCUGGUGGCAUUUGGUUAUUGUGGAAUGAGGGCUCGAGUGUGGAAUUUUUUGAGGCACAUCUUCAAUUUAUUCAUGUGCGAAUCCGGGACCGAAGGUGCUGCAGACCUUUCCUAUGUACAGCAGUUUAUGCAAGUCCCCACUCAGGCUUAAGGACUCAGUUAUCGGAAGGACUUGAUCUCUUAGCUACUAUAAUUAAUGAACCUUGGAUUUUGGCAAGUGGCUUCAACGUGGUUAUGAGUGCUGAUGAACGCCAAUGUGGAGCUAUUAAUAGUAAAAUCGAAUGUUCUCGAUUUAGGAAUUUUUUUUGUAACCAUGGUUUCUUUGAUUUGGGUUUCCGAGGACCAAAAUUUACGUGGAGUAAGGGGCAGCUUUUCCCGAGACUUGGUUGGGCUUUCUGCAAUAGUGAGUGGCAAACUUUUGCUCCCAAUACCACAGUUCAACACCUUUAUAAGUUAAAAUCUGAUCAUUGUCCCUUGAUGGUCUCCAUGAAUCCGGAAAAGGUUGAAAAUGAAACUCGACCUUUUCGUUUCCUAGCAAGUUGGUUGUCUCAUCUCGAAUUCAAGGAUGUAGUUGCGAAGGGUUAG